CUGUGUGUUGUUUCGCUCUUCGCUCGGGUUCACCGACGGGUUUCCAUUUUCACGGUUGGAUUCAGCCAGAACAACAAUAAUAUGGAUCCGGACAUGGAGGACAAAACCCUGGAGCUGAUGUGUUCUCUGCCUCGUUCUGUCUGGCUGGGUUGUUCGUCGGUGGCAGAGAGUCUGUGUGCUCUCAGGUGCCUGCAGAGCCUCCCCUCGUCCCGCGCACACAACCAGAACAUGACAGUGAUGGAGUCUCAGAAUAACACAGAUGACGUUUCUCCAAAGAAGACCACAGUUUUCAAGUUAGGGAACGGUUCAGUGGCGGGUUCGAGGAAGAGGCCGUCUCAAGGGAGCUUCGAUAAGGAGAAAGAUCUGUGCAUCCAGCUCUUCGACCAGUGGUCAGAAUCGGACCAGGUGGAGUUUGUGGAGCAUCUGAUCUCACGCAUGUGUCAUUAUCAGCACGGACACAUCAACUCCUACCUGAAGCCCAUGUUACAGAGAGACUUCAUCACCGCGUUGCCAGCUCGGGGUCUGGAUCAUAUCGCAGAGAACAUCCUGUCGUUCCUGGACGCUCGCUCUCUGUGCUCGGCUGAGCUGGUCUGUCGAGAGUGGCAGAGGGUCAUUUCAGACGGGAUGCUCUGGAAGAAGCUCAUCGAGAGGAUGGUGCGAACGGACCCUCUGUGGAAAGGCCUGUCAGAGCGGCAUCAGUGGGAGAAGUAUUUAUUUAAGAACCGAACAAAUGAGGUUCCACCCAAUUCAUACUACCAUUCGCUUUAUCCCAAAAUUAUACAAGACAUUGAGACUAUUGAAGCGAACUGGCGGUGUGGGCGUCACAAUCUCCAGCGGAUCCAGUGCCGCUCAGAGAACAGUAAAGGUGUUUACUGCCUCCAGUACGACGACGACAAGAUUAUCAGCGGCCUACGAGACAACUCCAUCAAAAUCUGGGACAAACAGUCUCUGGAGUGUCUGAAGGUUCUGACGGGUCACACUGGAUCAGUCCUGUGUCUACAGUAUGACGACAGAGUCAUCGUGACGGGAUCCUCAGAUUCUACUGUCAGGGUGUGGGACGUCAGUUCUGGUGAAGUCCUCAACACUCUGAUCCAUCACAAUGAAGCGGUUCUGCACCUGCGCUUCUGUAACGGUCUGAUGGUGACGUGUUCGAAAGAUCGCUCCAUCGCGGUGUGGGACAUGGCGUCUGCCACCGACAUCAGCCUGCGGCGUGUGCUCGUGGGACACCGUGCCGCGGUCAACGUGGUGGACUUCGACGACAAAUACAUUGUGUCGGCGUCUGGAGACAGAACCAUAAAGGUGUGGAGCACCAGCACAUGUGAGUUCGUACGGACACUAAACGGUCAUAAGCGCGGCAUUGCUUGUCUACAGUACAGAGACAGACUUGUGGUCAGUGGGUCUUCAGACAACACCAUCAGACUGUGGGACAUUGAGUGUGGUGCUUGUCUGCGUGUGCUGGAGGGUCAUGAAGAGCUCGUGCGCUGCAUCAGAUUCGACAACAAGAGGAUCGUGAGCGGAGCAUAUGAUGGGAAAAUUAAAGUUUGGGAUUUACAGGCAGCUCUGGAUCCACGGGCCCCCGCCAGCACUUUAUGUUUGCGUACGCUUGUGGAACAUUCUGGCCGUGUGUUCCGUCUGCAGUUUGAUGAGUUCCAGAUCAUUAGCAGUUCCCAUGACGACACAAUCCUUAUAUGGGACUUCCUGAAUGUGUCCACCAAUGGGCAGUCAGAGGGUCGGUCGCCCUCUCGGACAUAUACAUACGUCUCCAGAUAGCAGGUGCCUCUUCAAUGUGCCAGUGUGUCCUUGGAGAGCUGAUUGGCUGUUGGCCACGUCUAUCACAGAAUUGGUGCCUAAUAUGGAUCCGCCUCCUUCUCCGUCUGGCUGUAAAAUUCAACACAAACCUACACAGAUUCAUGCUUUGCCAAACACACAGAGAAACACACACUAACGUUUCAAAACACUCUCACCGAUGGGUUUCAGCACCGUUCUGCUUUAUCUAGAGAAAAACACAAGCACAAACACACACUCACAGUAUCUGUACUCUCACUGCUGCUAAAACAACCCAAAAUCACUGUCGCUCUGCACUACUAAUAUUUGACAUCCACACGAGGAUCACACUGUUAUGGAGAAGUUGAAGGGAUUCUGGGAGUGCCGUUCAGAUGACGGAUCGAUGAAUGAACCGGAAAAGUAUUUCUGUGAGAGAUAAAAGACUCGGACAAUAACAAACUCUCACAGAAAUGAAAGAGAAGAGGGUUAAGCUCGUCUUUUUCCCUCCGCUCGCCGUUUUUUUAGGCUCUUCAGGACCAGAGACACACUUUUUGUUGUUCGGGAGCGCGUGUUCGUCCGGUCCGCAUGCAUGAGGUUCAGCUGCUCUGAUGCCUCUUCAGUUUUUAUGAGUUUGUUUGUUUGUUUUUCUAUUUAAUUUGUCUUUUCCAUCUUUUCCUAACAGUUCUGCUGGGCAUUGUGUGAGUCUCCGUCACUCAAUGUCUGAGUUUUUUUAUUUACUUUUCCUCUUCUUGCCUGCUUGCUCAUCGAGGGCUGAAUCUAUAGCUGUAAACAGAAUUGUCUUGUCAGAUUGUGUUGUAUAUUAAAGAGUUUUUUAAGAAAAGAUAUUGUGAAUAAAGUACUUGACCAUG